AUGAAAAGGAAACUUGCAGGUUCUUUAAAAAAAAGAUCGCCCGUAAAAAAGAAAGCAAAAACUAUUGAUUCGAGCCUAAAACAGCCCAAACUUGAAUUCUUUUUUAAUAAUCAACUAAAACGACAGAAUGAAACAAAGUUUCCGGAAGAAGGGAUUAUUCAUGAGACUGAGACAACAAGAGAAGAGAAUUCAGCCUUAGAAGCUACUCGAGAUGACACACAGCUUGAAGAAACAAAAUUAAACACAACUCCCAGCAGCCAAUCUAGAGAAAAUAUCGAUUUCGAAACAAUUUUGUCAAAAGACAUAGUAAAAUUUGAUCCAUCAAAAAUCGAAUGGAGUACACCCACUCUAUAUAGCUUUCUCUGCUCUACUUUUUCAUUGGUUGAUAAAACGAAAAGUCGAAUAAAAAUACUGGAUUAUAUAACAAAUAUGUUACGCGUUUUGAUCUAUCAUGAUUCGGCCAGUGUAUUGCCUGCAGUUUGGCUUUCGUCAAACGAGAUCACACCAUCAUAUGAAGGAGUGGAACUUGGCAUUGGGUCGCAUGUUUUAUCGAAAGCAGUCACUUCAGUUUCGGGGUGUUCACAUAAAGCUCUAAAGGCUUUUUAUGAUAAAUAUGGUGAUUGGGGUGAUGUCGCUUAUGAAGCAAAGGUUUCAGUGCGAACACUGUUCGAGCCACGACCACUUGAUAUCCGUACGGUAUAUAAAAAUUUGCUGGGUAUAUCGAAAUUGAAGGGUAAUGGUAUGGUGGACCAGAAAACGGAUUUAGUGAAAAAAUUAUUAAUCUCGUGUAAAGGUGAGGAGGUGAGAUAUCUUACUAGGACAUUGAUUAGAAAUUUGCGUGUUGGCGCUGUUGGAAAAUCAGUAUUAAUUUCCUUGGCGCGUGCAUUUUGUUUGACAAGCCCAAAGGGGAUCGACAGAAUUGCAAAUAGUCAAUACAGUGUUGAUUUUACAAAUGAUUCGAAGGAAACAAUCAAUACAAAACUUAAAGCUGCUGAAAGUUUAUUGAAAGAGUGUUUUGCACAGUAUCCAAAUUAUGAUGGGAUUGUAAAUACUUUACUGUCACAUCCAAUUGAUAAACUAAUGGAAUUAUGUCAUUUAACAGUCGGAGUGCCCUUACGUCCGAUGUUAGGACAAAUUACGCGUGAUUUUGACUCACUGUUUAAGAAACUUCAAGGAAGACCUUGCAAUUGCGAGAUGAAAUACGAUGGUCAACGUGUACAAAUACAUUACAAUUCAAAUUCGUCAUCUAAUCGUCAAGUAUCGGUAUUUAGUCGUCAUUUGGAAAAUAUAACUGAAAAAUACCCGGACAUAGUAGAUAUAAUACCAAAAACACGAAAAGAUUCAAUUACCUCCUUCAUAUUAGAUGCUGAAGUCGUGGCAGUCGGAGAAAAUGGGAAAAUUGAAAAUUUUCAAAAAUUAUCAAAUCGAUCUCGUAAGAAUGUCACCCUGUCGUUGAUUACUAUUCCUAUAUGUAUUUUUGCAUUUGAUCUAAUGUAUUUGAAUGAAGAGCCUCUGCUUAAGAAAUCACUUCGAGAACGACGUGAUCUCUUAGAAACUAGGUUUAAUCAAAUACCAAACAAAUUUGCGUUUGUUAAGCAUAUUGAAUCUUCGAGCGAGGAAGAAAUCCACGAAUUCUUUAGAGAGUCAAUUGAGGCAGGGUGUGAAGGAAUAAUGGUGAAAGUAUUAGAUGAGCCACCACGCUCUUUAGACAUCAAGACAAGAAUGAACUUUUUAGCCAGCUAUGAACCAGAUAAAAGAUUGGAGAGUUGGAUCAAACUAAAAAAAGAUUAUAUUGAAGGACUUGGGGAUAGUCUUGAUGUCGUGCCAAUUGGUGCCUGGCAUGGCAACGGCAGAAAGGUGAAUUGGUGGAGUCCAAUACUUUUAGCCGUUUAUAAUCCAGAAACUGAAAUGUUUGAAAGUUUAUGUAAAUGCAUGUCAGGAUUUAGCGAUGAAUUUUAUAAAGAAAUGAAACAACGAUAUUCUCAUGAGAACGGAAAUUUAUUGGAAACGAAAAAAUGGUAUUAUGAUGUUGAUGAAGGAUUAAGACCCGAAGUAUGGUUUGAACCACAAGAAGUAUGGGAAAUUCGAGGAGCCGAUAUCACUAUAUCGCCGGUAUAUAAGGCUGCGUGUGGAAAAGUGGAUCGUGAUAAAGGGGUUUCACUUAGAUUUCCUCGAUUUUUACGUGUUCGCGAAGAUAAAAAAAUAGAAGACACAACUACUAGCCAACAACUCGUGGAAAUGUAUUAUAAACAGACUAAAGAGCAUAAUGUGGCCGAAGAUGAUGAAUUAGACGAAGUUUUGGAAGAAAUAGAAGAUGAUGAAGUAGAUUAUGAUGAGGAGGCCGAUACAAUCAACUCUCUCAUCGUAGGCACCGGGUAG